UAGUGGUAAAGAUUUUUUUUUUAACUGCAGUGUAAACAUCGGCUCUCCCUGUACAUGUUUAGACGGAUUGUUUUGAUUUAAUAGUUUGGAUACAUGUAAACAACUCGGAACUUUAAAAGAAUUUCAUACGGCUGGAUGUUAAUUGUUUAAAAAAAAAUAAUAUAAGGAGUCAUGAGCUCACAACUGACGUCAUUCUGCUCCAAAUAUUACAGACCCAUCUCCAUCGUCGUCAUCGUCAUCUCUCUGACCACCCUAGUCACCUACGACGCACUGGUCUCUCAGAACUUUGUCGCAGGACUUCCAUCCACCCUACUCAACACCAUCCACAACUACAGCGAGACUUGGUUCAACUCUCCAGAAACAACAACCCUACAGAUAUCAACACGUUAAGAAUUGAGCUUAAAAAGUUGGGGUACGAACCAGUGGAAGACCACGAGUUCAAAUCCCCGUUUAUUAUUAAUCCAAAAAUAUACCCAAACGUUUCCAAAACAAAACAAAAUCUCACGGAAACGCCGAUUCGAUUAAAAUUAUUUCAUUUUUUAAUAGCCCAGGAUGGUUUAGAAAACUUAUACGGUGCCAUCGCUUACAAUAUAGACUUCAAACGCUGUGAGUACGAUAGAUGUGUCGUUGACGUUACGGGAAAACAGAAGCAAGAGGCUGACGUACUCAUCUUCUUUGUGGGGUCUUUGAAAGGGGAACCCCCGCCCGACCCCGGGACAGAUUUGGGUCAAGGCCAUGUGGGAGUCCCCGGUGCACUAUGAUUACCCUAGUCAGUAUGACCUCUGGAGAAGUGUCUUCAACUGGACCUACAACUACAGGGUCGACUCGGAUAUUUUUGCACCAAAUAACCUUUUCGCCUGGAGAGACAGGACGAUGUUGCUAAGUGACGAGGAAUAUCUUAGAAUCGCCAAAAAUAAAACCAAGAUGGCCGCGUGGUGGGUGAGCCACUGUGGAGCCAACAGCAAACGUGACCAGUACGCUAAACAACUACAGAAAUAUUUUGAGGUCGAUAUCUACGGGAAAUGCGGCCCACUAAAAUGUCCAAAUAAGGAGAAAAAUGCAGAACAGUGUGAGCAGCUGUUGAACACUACCUACAAAUUCUACCUGAGCUUUGAAAACUCACUCUGUAAGGAUUACCUGACGGAAAAAUUUUACCGAAAUUUCGCUGAACGACUGCAAGUCAUUCCUGUAGCGCGGGGCGGUUUUGACUACCAGAAAUAUAUUCCGCCUGGCGGAUUUGUCGACGCUUCACAGUUUCCCAACGCCUCGGAUUUAGCGAAGUAUUUGAUCGAACUGGGAAAUGAUCCGUUAAGAUACGCUCAAAUGCUGAAGGAGAAAGAUAAACUAGCGAUGUUGAACAGGAAAUUUGACUGGUGUGAUAUAUGUGAAAAAGUUCAUACGGAUAAGAGGGUUAAAAUAAUUCCUGACAUUAGGGAGUGGUCUCAUAAAGAUACGUGUUACAAACCUACAGACUUGCUAUAGCCCUAAACAAUAUUACGAAUGUGUUGUUUUUUUUAAGAUGCUAGUCCCAUCGUUUUAGAUGUGCGCUUAAGUAUUCAAAGAUGUCUUUUAAUGUGUGAUAUGGUUUUAAAAAUAUAUUUAACAUUUUUUUUAGAUUUGAGCUAUGCUUAAAAGAAAUAUACAGCAUGAAUUUUGGAGCUUUUAUGGAAUUUACUAGAUCUCUAUGUGUGUUACUGUUUUUUAAAUAUUUUUUUGACGCUUUAAAAUGUGAAACUUAUUUGAUUUCGUGUGGCUUUAAAGCAUAAUUGUGUUACUUGACAGUUUGUGUGUUAUAAGGUUUCUAAAGGACGUAUUAGCAAAAUAAUAGGUUCCCAUUUGUUGCUGAAAAUACUCAGUAAAUGACUUCUAAUAUUUUAUUAUUGCAUUAAGAUGGCAGCUAAUCUAAUAAACUAUGUGAAAGAAACAAUACUCUAAAGGUGAAUAAUUUGAGACAAUAGAAAUAUACUUUGUCUUUUUACAGACAAUAAUUAUUGCUGUGAUUUUUAUACUAUUUAGUCAUAUUAAUAGUAAAAUUUUGCUUGUGAUCGGUAUUUAUGCACAAUGUGCUAAUGUUUUUUUUUGUAAUUUGAGCGGAGAUUUCAAUAGACUAUUUCCUUGGAUAUUUUAUUCUUCAGAGGUAUUUUUGAGGUUAGAAGAAUACGUUUUAAUCGUGUAUGUCGAAAUCAUACAUUAUAUUUAUA